AAAGUGAUGCAAUGGAGCACGACGCGCGGCGCCUUUAAGGGGGCUUCUCUCCGGCAGCUUGCUGCACAUGCUCAGCUCUUCUUUGUGUGGUAGUUUUCUCUCCAGAGCUCCCUUGCAAAGCUGUGGAGAAGGUUCAGGCUUGCAGCAGGCAAGUCGUUUGGCCGAUGCUGCCCGCCGCUUCUGCCGCUCACAAGACGGAGGAGAGCCAUUCCUCUCGAGCCUGAUCCCAAGCGGUGCAAAAAAAAAGGAGUCCGUCUGGGGUGGCUGGGACAGGAACUUUUGAGGGGCGGGAGGUAAACAACUCCCCCCCCCGCCCCGGGCAGCCGUUUGCCUCUGCGAGCCUCCUUUUUGACUUCUUCCAGCCGAGGCCAGAGGGCUCUCCUUAAAGUCUCCAGCCCUUUUCACUGCAGUUAGUCCAGCCACUGGGAUCCUGAAGUGUGAGCCUCGGGCAGCUUGCGUCCUCCUGCCUGCGGGGAUUCUGCCCGAGAGAAUAAAAAGCGCCGCGGCCGCCGUCGGUCACGCUGGCUGAGGAGGAGCCUGCCCGGCAGUCAAAGGAAGAGGCGGGCGGGCGGAGGGGGGCGAGGGAGAGAGGAGGUGGCCGAGGGGCAGAUUUAACUAGAGUCGACGGAGAGGAGGAGAAGGGAGCCUGCCUCAGCCCCCGCCAGUCGCUCGCCUCUGAAAGCAGCUUACAAUUAGCCUUUUAAAAAUGGCUGCUUGCAAACUGUCAGCUGGGACAGGCGAGGGCUUUUAACUCUCCCCUCCCAUUUUAGUGGGCGAGGAGCGAAGAGAGGGGCUGCCUUCGCCUCUUCCCCGCCCUCCGGCUGACUUGGUUUGGGAUGCUGGGAAGGCGCUGAGGAGGCUCCGACGCUUCGCUCUUCCUCUCAGUGCCCGCCCCGGAGAGGAAGCAUCACCUCCGCUACCGUGUCUUGCCCUGCUGUUGCUGCUGAACGAGGACGAGCCGAGGAAGGCAUAGGCGGUGGAAGGAAGGGGGCGAGGGACAGAGGGAAGGGCUGCAUGGUCUUUGGGGAGCGGGGAGGGGGGGUGGAGGCAAGCAUGUGGUGAAAGGAGAAGCUACAAGGUCAGGAGACAGUCCUCUGUUCAUGGAAGACGGGGGGCAAUGAGCCCUGAGGACGAAGAGGAAGGGGAGGCGGGAAGGCUGCCGCUGCUUUCCCUGAGGGAUAACGAGGAGGUGGUGUGAAAAGCUUGGGAGGGAAGCCAGGAUUGGGGCCGGGUUGCCCUCCUGUUCCUCCCGCAUUUCCCCCUCCUCCAAGAAUUAAUUAAUUCUCUUCAGGACACAUUGGGCCAGCCUGGGUGUUUCUGGGAAGGUCUCUCCUCGGUCGCGUCACCGCCGUCCGUGCUCCACUCGGCCCGCGCUCUCCCUGACCGGGGCGAUGUGCGCGGAGUGACGGGGAAUUGUUUUCAUCCUUGCUCGGUUUGCGAAAAGGAACCGGGCUAAUCGGUCUUCCCUGCUUCCAAGCCGGGCUCUUAGGAGAGCUGGCUGCGGAUGUGCUGUGUAGCAACGAUGCUGGAUCCUUUGGGGAAAGUCCUGCGCAGGAUAGGAGGCCCUCCUGCGGUCCUGGGAGCCUGGAGACCGUUUCCUUGUUCCUCUUGCUGCUUGGCCACCUUCUUGGAUAUGAAUAACUGGCUGCUUUUUUACGGAUUACUGUACCUAGUGCUGUAUGCCCAAGUCUCCCACUCUAAGCCUUGUGAAAGGACCUCCUGUUUCUCCGGCAGAUGUGUCAAUUCCACCUGCCUCUGUGACCAAGGCUGGGUAGGAGAUCAAUGCCAGCAUUGCCAAGGCAGAUUCAGGUUAACUGAACCUUCAGGAUAUUUAACAGAUGGACCAAUAAAUUAUAAAUAUAAAACUAAAUGUACAUGGUUAAUUGAAGGAUAUCCUAAUUCAGUUUUAAGAUUAAGAUUUAAUCAUUUUGCCACAGAAUGUAGUUGGGACCAUAUGUAUGUAUACGAUGGAGAUUCAAUAUAUGCACCUUUAAUAGCUGUAUUUAGUGGUCUUAUAGUUCCAGAAGUACGUGGAAAUGAAACUGUACCUGAAGUAGUUACUACAUCUGGCUAUGCAUUGCUACACUUUUUCAGCGAUGCUGCUUAUAAUCUAACAGGAUUUAAUAUUUUUUACUCAAUUAAUUCAUGUCCAAAUAAUUGCUCAGGUCAUGGAAAAUGUACAACUAGUAGCUCGAUUCCAAGCCAAGUAUAUUGUGAAUGUGACAAGUAUUGGAAAGGAGAAGCCUGUGAUAUUCCUUAUUGUAAAGCUAACUGUGGAAGUCCUGAUCAUGGCUACUGUGAUUUGACAGGAGAGAAACUGUGUGUGUGCAAUGACAGCUGGCAAGGUCCUGAUUGUUCUUUGAAUGUUCCUUCCAUGGAGUCAUAUUGGAUUUUACCUAAUGUGAAGCCAUUUAGCCCAUCUGUAAGCCGGGCAUCCCAUAAGGCAGUUCUACAUGGCAAAUUUAUGUGGGUGAUUGGUGGAUAUGCAUUUAAUUACAGCACAUUCCAAAUGGUGUUAAACUAUAACUUGGAAAGCAACAUCUGGAACGUGGUACCUGUAUCAAAAGGACCUCUUCAGAGAUAUGGACACUCUGUUGCAUUAUAUCAGGAUGACAUUUACAUGUAUGGAGGCAAAAUUGAAACAAAUACUGGGAAUGUCACUGAUGAAUUAUGGAUAUUCAACAUACCCAGUCAGACAUGGAGUACCAGAAUACCAGCAGUACUUGUUCAUGGUCAGCAAUAUGCCGUGGAGGGCCACUCUGCACACAUAGUGGAGUUGGAUAGCAGAGACAUUGUCAUGAUUGUAAUUUUUGGUUACUCUGUGAUAUAUGGUUACACAAGCAGCGUGCAGGAGUACUAUAUCAGGUCAAAUUCUUGGCUUGUGCCAGAAACAAAAGGAGCAAUUGUGCAAGGUGGAUAUGGCCAUACCAGUGUUUAUGAUGAAACAACGAAGUCUAUUUAUGUUCAUGGGGGAUACAAAGCAUUGCCUGGUAAUAAAUAUGGAUUGGUUGAUGAUCUGUACAGAUACGGCGUUAACACAAGGACAUGGACAAUUUUGAAAGAGAGUGGCUUUGCAAGGUAUCUCCAUUCAGCUGUCUUGAUCAGUGGAGCUAUGCUAAUUUUUGGUGGAAACACCCAUAAUGAUACUGCGUUGAGUAAUGGUGCAAAGUGCUUUUCCACUGAUUUCCUGGCCUAUGACAUUGCUUGUGAUGAGUGGAAAAUUCUUCCUAAGCCUAAUCUUCAUCAAGAUGUGAACAGAUUUGGCCACUCUGCAAUUGUCAGCAAUGGGUCUAUGUAUAUAUUUGGAGGUUUUUCAAGCAUUCUGCUGAAUGACAUUCUUGUGUACAAACCUCCUAACUGUGAAGCAUUUAGAGAUGAAGAGCUUUGUAAAACAGCUGGACCAGGGUUGAGAUGCUUAUGGAACAAAAAUCACUGUGUAUCAUGGGAAUCAGGACAUGCUAAUAACAUUCUCAGGGCAAAGUGUCCCAGAAAAUCAGCUGCAGCAGAUGACAGAUGUUACAGAUACGCAGACUGUGCCAGCUGUACUGCCAAUACAAAUGGUUGUCAAUGGUGUGAUGACAAGAAGUGCAUUUCAGCAAAUAGCAACUGCAGUGUGUCUGUGAAAAACUAUACCAAAUGUCAUGUAAGGAAUGAACAGAUCUGUAACAAGUUGACUAGCUGUAAAAGCUGUUCACUGAACCUCAACUGCCAGUGGGACCAGCGACAGCAAGAAUGCCAGGCUCUGCCAGCUCAUCUGUGUGGGGAAGGAUGGAAUCACGUUGGAGAUGCCUGCCUCCGUAUAAACUCUACUCGUGAAAAUUACGACAAUGCCAGACUUUACUGCUAUGGCUUAAAUGGUAUCCUUGCUUCAUUAACAACCUCAAAAGAAGUUGAAUUUGUUUUGGAUGAAAUACAGAAGUAUACUCUCCAGAAAAUAUCACCUUGGGUGGGCCUACGGAAGAUUAACAUCUCCUACUGGGGAUGGGAUGAUAUGUCUCCUUUUACAAACACCACCUUACAGUGGCUUCCAGGAGAACCAAAUGACUCUGGAUUCUGCGCCUAUCUUGAAAGGGCUGAGGUUGCUGGACUGAAAGCAAAUCCUUGUACAAAUGUGGUUGAUGGCCUUGUGUGUGAGAAACCUGUUGUUAGUCCAAAUCAAAACGCCAGGCCCUGCAAAAAGCCGUGUUCCUUACGGACAACAUGUUCCAACUGCACAAGUAGCGGCAUGGAAUGCAUGUGGUGCAGCAGCACAAAACGAUGUGUUGAUUCAAAUGCCUACAUCAUCUCCUUUCCAUAUGGACAGUGCCUUGAGUGGCAGACUACAACUUGUUCUCCUCAAAACUGCUCUGGUUUGAGGACUUGUGGACAAUGUCUGGAACACCCAGGUUGUGGAUGGUGCAGUGAUCCCAGUAAUACAGGCAAAGGCCACUGUGUGGAAGGGUCUUCAAGGGGGCCAGUGAAGUUGACUGGGAUGCAUUCUGCUGAAAUGGUUCUUGAGAACAGUCUUUGCCCCAAAGAGAAAAAUUAUGAAUGGUCUUUCAUUCAGUGUCCAGCCUGCCAGUGCAAUGGACAUAGCACCUGUGCCAAUGGCAAUGUUUGUGAGCAGUGCAAAAAUCUGACUACAGGAAAACAGUGCGAAACAUGUAUGCCUGGAUAUUAUGGCGAUCCAACAAAUGGAGGCCAGUGCACAGCUUGCACGUGUAGUGGACAUGCAAAUAUUUGCCACAUGCAAACAGGAAAAUGCUUCUGUACAACUAAAGGGAUCAAAGGAGACCAGUGUCAACUUUGUGACUCUGAAAACAGAUACCUUGGUAAUCCACUCAGGGGAACAUGUUACUAUAGCUUACUGAUUGACUAUCAGUUUACAUUCAGUUUAUUACAAGAAGAUGAUCGCCAUCACACUGCCAUAAACUUCAUUGCAAAUCCUGAACAGUCAAACAAAAAUUUGGAUAUAUCGAUUAAUGCAUCAAACAACUUUAACCUGAAUAUCACCUGGUCUAUUGGCAAUACAGCUGGAACAAUAUCUGGAGAAGAGAUUCCUGUGGUUUCAAGGGCUAAUAUCAAGGAAUACAGAGACAGUUUUUCCUGUGAAAAGUUCAACUUCAGGAGCAACCCGAAUAUUACUUUCUAUGUAUAUGUCAGCAACUUUUCAUGGCCAAUCAAAAUACAGAUCGCCUUUUCACAACACAAUACCAUCAUGGACCUGGUGCAAUUUUUUGUUACAUUCUUCAGUUGUUUCUUGUCAUUGCUGUUGGUGGCUGCCGUGGUGUGGAAAAUCAAACAAACCUGCUGGGCUUCUCGACGGAGAGAGCAACUUAUGCGGGAGCGACAGCAGAUGGCCAGCCGUCCCUUUGCUUCUGUGGAUGUUGCACUUGAAGUAGGAGCUGAGCAAACAGACUUUCUACGAGGGCCAUUAGAGGGUUCUCCGAAGCCUAUUGCUGUUGAGCCUUGCUCGGGAAACAAAGCAGCAGUGCUUACCGUGUUUUUAUGCCUGCCAAGGGGAUCAUCAGGAGUUCCACCACCUGGCCAGUCAGGAUUGGCGAUUGCAAGUGCAUUGAUAGACAUUUCACAACAGAAGCCCUCAGAGUGUAAAGAUAAGAGUCUGGGAGUCAGAAAUCGAAAACAUCACCUUUCAACACGCCAAGGGACUUGCGUUUGAAAUUAAGACAUGGCAUUUGUAUACUCUGUAUUUUUUUUUCUUUUUAAAAGAGCUUCUGUUGUAAGCUAAACUAUAGCCUCAGUUUUUAUGGAGGCAACCUCUGGAUGGUGGUAAGGGUGAUGGUAAGAAGUACUGAGCCCGGGUGGAUUGACACCUUCUUCCUGGUGUGCCCCCAAAGCAGGGCAUCUGGAAGAGCAGACAUGAAAAUACUGGAUGAAUGUUAGGAAAAGAUUCUGGUACCAGUCAUGAUAUGAAAAACAUUUCUCCAUACUUCUUGUUAUCCAUAUCAGGAGGGUAAAAACCUUGGAAGAGACUGUACAUUGUUUUAUAAUGUGGAAAGAAAUAUAUCAUUGAAAAUUAAAUUCUAAAUAACUUGUUAUAUAGCUAGAAGCGAUGGGAUAUUCAGUUUCUUGGCUUGAUCAGCAUUAAGAAACAUGCAUAUAAAGAAAACAUGAACUGGCAUUCUUAGGGAUAUAAAUAUUAUUCACAUUGCCCAGAUAUGCUGGCAGAAUUUAAACUGAGUGGUAGGCGGCUAUAAACAUUUUAACGAGGCAAAAAUAACAAAAACAAGCCAUGUAUAUUCCAAGGAAUAGAAAUCUGGAUUUAUGCCUAUCAGUGAUUUCUGCCUUACAAAGGACCCUACAACAGCCCAGACUGAAGCAGGAUCUAGAGUGGACAUUAAUACUCUUACUUUGUGAGAAUUCAACAUUGGGGGUGGGGGGUAUAGGAAAGAAUGCAUGUCUGUCUUCCAUGCCAACCAACUUGACUUGUUGUCAGAGGUGACUCAGCGUGGAAAAGCCUGUUCAGCAGCCAAGAUAAUUUUUUUGCAUCACCUAUCUCCAGAAUUACAAGACUUUUUAUUCCUGUGCAGUAGGAUGCUCUACUGUGUCUCAUCAGUGUAAUAUUGAAGGACAAAGUUAAAUGUAGAUUUAAGCAUACUGAAGACUUUUGAUUUCAGUAGACCUAAAUGCACUUGAGUUUCCGGCGAACUGUAGCCUCAGUCUCCGAUGUUGAAAUUAUUGCAGAAGAAUGAUCUCUUUAUCCCAUCCUCUUCCUACGGUAGAAUCAAAAGUUCCUAACUUUCAACCCAUGUUUUUAAAAAAUCACUGCAACGUAAAGCAUAAAUCCCUCACCCUCCAUACCUGUAGGCAGUUUUAUUGUUCUUAGAAUGAUUCUUCUGUGUUGGAGGGUCCCCCAACAACCGUACACCAGCCAAAAACUAAAUAGAAAUCAUUGGCCAGAAUCCCGCUGGUGAUUUAUGUGUGUGUUAGUUCAAUUGUAUAACUUGCUGCAGGGAGCUGCCACUAAUGAACUAGGUAUUGGUCAUGUUAUGAGGUGUGCACACUAUAGCGCAACAGGCACACACUUAGUAAUGUCACUAGUCCUCAUUAGUUAAUGGGACUUCACUGUGGUGACUUAGGACAUUGAACUUACGCAUGGCCAUUGUCUAAAAGAAUGAAAGUAUAAGUUAUCAAGUACAUCCUCCUACAUCCUUGCUUUUUCUUAUUGUUGCAAAGGAUUGUUAUCCCUGUGACAGCUUUCUGUUUGUGCAAGGGACUCCUCCUAUUUGCAGGAGGAGGAAUCUGCAGCUUUAAUCCACACAAUCUAGGAGAAGCAACUAUCAUGAGAUAGGAAGGUUGCCAAUUCUCCUUUGUCCCUUCAUGUCACUUCUCAUGCUGCUCUUAGAGGACCUUGGCCCUCCAGAAACAGCCCUCUGAACAUGAAAAUGACACCACUCAGGGAUCUCUGGAUCCAGCCCAUUAUAUUUAAUGGGAAUGCCUCUUGCAAAAGAUGGCAGCAAGUUAAGUACAGUGGUAUUAUGGCUGCAUGUCCAUGGCACAUGAAAUACAUUUAAGUGAGAUCAAGUCAGACCACUUAAGUUUCAACUAUUGUAUUCAGUUUCAUUAACUUCUGUUGGACAUCCAAUUUGAGGAGGAGGUGGAUUGCACGUUUAAUUGGUUAUAGAAAAUUAAACAACCCAGUAAUCUUACUAUAACUUCCUGGAAAGCGCAGAAUAGCAGCUUUUAGUUUGCUGUGUUCCCAAUAUGGGAGAUAUCCACAGAGGUAUAACCUUUGAUAAACUCUGUACAAAUAUAAUUGAUGUUUACUAUUAUACCCACAUUUUUACUUUAAUUUUAUUUCAGGAAGGGGAAGACAUUUCACUGUUUACACUUUGACUACAUAGUUAUUUGCAUGCCAAGGUGGUACAGUAGCAGUAAUAAUGCCCUGUUUGUGAGUUGGUAGUGUUUCUUUUGUACUAUCAUUUGACUGCUUAAUUUGGAUGAGGACUGAAUGUAGAAAUAAGGAAAUACAUUAAAAGGAACUGCUGUACAGUACAUAGUUCCUUCUCAUCCAAGAUCAUUAGGCUAUAUUUUAUCCUGAUUGCUCAACAAUUUGGAUUAGUUGCACAUUGAUAAAUUAUGCUGGCAUGAUUUUUGGGAUAUUCUCAUGUCUCAAAGGGGACUAGUUCUUAUGCUAAAGUUAUGUUGUCACAAUGUGAUGAUUUUUGUUGACUGUUCUUACCUCAUUUUGUUAUUAUUCUGUUUAUAAUAAUAUGCUCAAGUGGGCAACUUGAGCAUCCCAUCCUCAGAUCACUUCUUUAAAAUAAAAAGGCUCAAAAACCCCUACUGUGGGGGGCAAUGAUGCCAUGUUUUGUGAAUCCCCCUACAUUCCUCUCCUCCCCCCUCCCCAAUUUAUAAUUGAAAAUGAAAACCAGUUUGGGCCACUAGCAGAUGCAAGGGGCUUUUUUAAAUAAACCCCUAAUUUUGUAUGGAAGUAUUUGAGGGGCAAGGGGGUACACAUGCAGUCCUGCAAGAUCCGGGAGUGGAUAUGUGCAGCUCCCUAAACCUCUGGAACUUGUCCAUUCCUAUUCUAAAGCAAAGGGCUCCAUUCUCUAAGGACUUGCAUGCUAGGAAAUCAAUCCAAGUGACCCAAUUUAUGGCAUUUUGUUUUGUUUUUUCAGAAUUUACAUGGGGGAGGAGGGAUGCCUAUUGAAAAUUAUCAGUUAAUGAGCAGAUUAAUGAUCUUUUGUGACUUCAAUAAAGGUCAGUUUUGGUUUGUUUGGGUUUUUUUUUUUUUUUGGCUUGUUUUGAAAACCCUUCUGUCAUUGUAAUGUUGGUUUGCUUUAAAAUGUCAUUAGAAUUGGCAUGUAUGAUGAAUAAGAUGAUUAUUUGAAGAAAGACAAAAGAGAAAUAAAAGACU